ACACCUAGAUCCUGUCCUAUUUUCACAAAAAAAGAGAAACCUUUUCUUCUUGAGCAUUUGUUUGUGUGCCGGUGAGUUCCCGGCUGUGUAACUUGAUAGGGGGCUCUGAGAGGGAAUAAGGGAAUGUGUUACUGCAAUGGAGCAGAAUGCAAUACAGUGGUUAGGUGCUCCCUCCUGCCUGCGUGGCUCAUUUGCCUUCUAUAAGUCAGUGAGCUGUGGGGCCGGGUCCGCUGCUCAGGUCUGGAAACUGGGGGAGUUCUACUAUGUCCGCUGUGGACCUGAGGAACCUGUGGGCAUUGCUGAGGUGAUGUUACUGUGGGAGGACCAGGCCCAGUGCCAUCUGCUGGCCAGCUCCAGACUGUACUUCCUCCCUGAGGAUACUCCCAAAGGCAGAACCAGAGAGCAUGGAGAGGAUGAGGUGUUGGCUGUCUCUAAGAAGAUAGUGGUGCGGGUGGAGGAUCUGGUGAGGUGGACCUGUCCGGAACCUCAAGGGUGGAAAGGAGGCAGCCAGAAGUCCAGCAGGAACAACGGUCAUCACAAACCCACCCCUAUCAUUACCAACGGAGCCCCAACGCCACUCAAAGAGAAGGCUGAGAGUGAGCGUCUAGGGGUCAAGGUGCUCAGCUACCCCCAGUACUGCCGCUUCCGCUCCCUGCAGAGGCGCAUCCAGGACGAGGUAGGGUUGGGGCUCCAGAACCCCCAUUUGCUGGCCCUGGGAGGGAUCAAGGUGGCCCAACACAACACACAGGUCCUCUACUGCCGGGAUACCUUCAACCACCCCACCCUGGACAGCAACACCAGUGUCUGGACACAACUGGGAUGCACCUCUCUUAGCUUGAAGGGGCGACCCCGCAAGAGGAGAGGCAGGCCAGAAGGCCAGAAAGCUGUGGAGCCACCAGCCCUCAACCAAUCAGAGUCCUGGAUAGAGAGAAUGAAGGAGAAUGUGAUGGGCAGUGUGGAGAUGCACUGUGAGGAGGCCUGUCUCCCCCACUCUGAUGAGCAGCUGUUCCUGGAUCAACUCUACUGCUACAUGGAGAGCUGCGGCUCACCCAUCAGCAAGGUGCCCAACCUCGGCUUCAAGAAGAUUGACCUGUUUGUCAUGUACUCUGUAGUCAAACGGCUGGGCGGCCAUGAGAGGGUGACGUCCCAGCGUCUGUGGAAGAAAGUGUAUAAUGAACUAGGAGGAAGCCCGGGCAGCACCAGCGCUGCCACCUGCACCCGGAGGCACUAUGAGAGGCUGAUGCUUCCCUAUGAGGAACACAUAAAUGGAAGAGGAGCAGAACUCAAACUCCCAGCAUCCACUGGGCCUAUCCGGGGCAGGGGGAGGAGACCGCUGGUGAAGAGGACUGCAACCCCCACCCCUCUUCCAACUAUUUCUCCAGACGGUGUGGUGGUAGUGAAGAGGGGCAGGGGCAGACCUCCAGGCAAAAAGAACCAAGCCAAACUUCUAGCUUCCAAGGCCAGUCCAGUGGUCCUAUCUCCCCCAGCCAAACCCAGCCUGGACCUGGGGUCCCAACCCCUGCAGGACCCCUCUCUCCAGUCCCUGUCUGUGUUCCAGGGGCUAAACCUGGCCAACAUGCCACUAACCCCAGACCUGUCCCCAAUGUCUGCCCCCUUCCUCCCCCUCCUGCCCAAAAUGGAGAGGGAGGUAAAGGUGGCGAAUGGGGAUACUCUAGCACCAUCACCCACUCUGUCUCCUGCAAAUCUCCUGUCUGAUCUCCCCAGGCUCCACGCAGGGGGCUCCCUAGGAGGGUUCAGGCCCUCUAAAGGCCUCUGUCCCCUGGAUCUCUUUAGGAGCCGACUGGGCCUCAAUAGCUUGGACAGCCCUAGUCUAAACACCCAGGACCCUGCCUCCCACCAGCCCUCUAGCUUCCACCUCCAGGCCAAGGCAGGGAGCUCAGACACCCCCCUUCCCAAUGGGGACCAGCCCCAUCCGCAGUCUCACCACCAGCCCCACCACCAGUGCUUGGGGUGUGGGCUUGAUGAAGCAACCCAGGGGGGGGGCAGCAGCAGUACCAGCACCAGGGAGGGCCGUAGCAGCCGGCCUCCCCUGCCCCCUCUCCGGGUCCUACCCCUGGAUCUGGACUGCAGCCUGCAGGUGCGCCAGCUGAUGCAUACACGGCUGGGCUUGGCCCAGCUUCACUCCUUCACCAAGCGGCUGUCGGAGGUCUUAGCCCAGGACCUGAAUGGCAAGCCCUGUCUACCCAUCACCCCUCCCCCAGAGCAGGCCCUACCGCUCAACCUCAGCAAGCGCUCCACCACCAGAAGAUCUGCCUCUGAUACUGGCUCCAGGAUGGCUGCAGGGGAUCAGGAAAACGGUGACACCACACUCCCCUUAGCUAAAAGGCAUAGAAUGGAGUCGUGCGAGGAGGCUGAGGACCUGAGCUCACCCAGCAGGGCCAGGGCUUUCCUCCUGGAGCUGCCUUGUCACACCACCAGCCCAGACAUCAAUUCUCCACCUCCACCUCCCCCGCUCUGCCUCACCGAGUCUGGGGAGGGUUCUGGAGACACCCCUCUGGGAGAACCAGGGCAGGACGUCUGACUCUGAGCCAGUAAUCCAGGUGAAGGUGGAAAAGGACUGGAGGGAGAGCAGCUUUGUGGCGGUGGAGCCUGUGGAAGACUGCUCUGUAAGAACAGAACAGGAGAGGGUGGAGAAAGGGGGAGAAAAUAUAAAAAUGUGGGAGAAUGGGAAAGAAGAGAAGAUGGAGGUUGAAACUGUUCAAAUGGAGGAUGGUAUACAACAGCAAUCGGAGGAUGGAGAAAAGGCAGUAGUGGAGGAGAGUAAACUGGAGAGGGUAGAAGAAGAGUGUAAAACCAUAAAUAUGGAGGAUGCUGUAUCAGAGAGGGGACUGAGGACUCUUUAGCCCACUCUACAAGUGGCUCUGGGGGCCAACAGGUGGAUGAGGAGAUGUAAUGUUGAGGCUUCUGUUAAAGGGCUGCCCAGUUCUGUCCUGCCUCCAACCCAGGCCCAGCCAAGGUGCCUGAACACCUGCACACAACCCCAACAGCCUCAUGACUAACACCGACAAUCACUCCUCCACUCUACCUUAUGUGGGAGAACUCUCAAACAUACAAAGACUAAUCCUGUGAACUCGGUAAUGACACACACACACCUUUGAAAACACUGCCAUUUGCCUUGAUGACACUAUUCAAUUAUCUAAUUCUGUACAUUGUAUGAUACUAUGCAUAAUACAACUUUCGGGCUUCAUCUAACUUGAAUUAUGUAGCUAUAUUAAAGCUUAACUUGUAUUCUACGUUCGUAGAAAAUACUAUAUAUUUUUUUGUUCUUCUUACUGUUAAAUUAAGUAUAUUACAAAACAAUCAGUAGGUCAGAUUUUUUUUAUAACAAUCCACUCCCAUUCCUGGGCCCAGUUUUCCAAAAGCAUCUUAAGGAUAAGUUAAUUGUUAGAACCAUAGGAUCAAGGAUACAAAAAUAUGUGCCUUAAAUCUCUUGUGCUCUGAUUUGUAGUCAUUCAGAGUCACACACAUAGCAACAACCAGGAAAACAUCUGUUUGUUUUCCAGUAGUGCCCUUCAGUCUUGCAUUUACUUCCUGUUUGUUUCCAACAGCAGCAUGAUUUGCACUCCUACUGUACUGGUUCCCUUUCCUUCCUUUAAUGCGGAAGUCACUUACAAUAUUUAUUCAUUUUCCUCUCUGAUGCCAAUUUUAAUGUAUUUUAAUGUCUGUCUAGUUUCAAAAAAAAUAUUCUGACACCACUGGCCUGGUUAAUGUUAGAUUUAGUCGUUGUUGCCUUAUUCCGAGUCAAUUGACACCAGUAAUUCUGUCAGACAGAUAUCUGAAAUGCCAUAUUUUGUUUACGGUAAACUGGGGUGUGCCCAGACCAGAUGUACAGUAGCAGGUGGAUUUUAUUGACUAUCAGCACCAAAGGUGUUACUGUUUGAUUACCAUAAAGAGAGUCAAGGUUCUCUUGGCUGUUGAAUUUUACAAAAAAUAUAAUUUUUCUAAAACCUACAAGUUUUCCUGUUGAUAUCCUUAUUAAAUAUUUGGUUAAACGAUUACAUCUGGUUUCGGCGCAACCUGUUUUUAUAUUGAGCGUUUAUCCUCAUUGCAGCCUAGUCUAUUUCUUUGUUUAAAAAUGUCAGCAUACCAUUGAGGUGAACGGUCCACAUGCCGGCCAUUGGGUGAGAUGGCAAAAUGUUCUAGUUUAUUGUGUAGCUCACACAUAAUUUUGGUGUGACAAGUUCUUCAUUGAGUUGAAUAGGUAUUUAAUGCUUUUACUUAAAUAGUUUGUGUAGCUUUUGAUAUUAUUUGAAUUCUAUAGAGUUUAAGAUCAAAUGUUUACAUUCAAUUAUGCAUGUAGAACAAAAUCAACUUUAAUAUAAUUUUUGUUGCAUCUUAAGUACUUUUGAAUACUGUCUGACUGGUACUUUAUUAGUUGGUUCACAGUAAACCAACUUCUGGAAUGGUUAAAAUGGGAAAAAGUGUAUCUUCAUUCAACUUUAAAAUAUGGAUGAUUGCAGCAUAUGGAAUUGAUUUGCAGUUGACUCCGAUCAACUGGCUUUUCUUUUCCCCCUUGUUUUAUUUCUUGAACACCUGCUACAGAGUUAAUGUCAUGUAGUUAUGUCUUUAUUUAAAUCUGUGUAUCAGUUGAGCUCAUCUUGUUCAUGGAAGAAAUCUGUCUCAAGUAUUCAUUUCUCUGUGUAUUAGAGUACGGCCAGUGCCGUGCCACAUCUUGACUCCUGUACUCGAUGACAAUUUGAUUUAUAUGGUUGUUUCAACCAUUUGUUUUAACACUGUAUAUUAAAGAUGUUUUGUAGAUUUUU